GUGUGGAUACGUGGUCAUGAAAAGUUCUCGAGGGCUUUGGUCCUUGAAAUUGGGGUACAUAAAUGAUUGACAGUAAAAAAGGUGAUCAUUUUAUCGCAAGUAGUUCUCUGGCUGCGAAAAUGAAUCGCUCCAUGGUUUCAGGUUUUGUGGCAAUUUUGUGUUUAAUAAAAUGCAUACUUGGUGAUGAGAGUGUUCCUUAUCCCGAAGUGGAAAUAGAAUCGGGUCGUUUGGUGGGUGUAUACGGAGAAAAUCGGAAGGGAGAGAGAUACGCCGAAUUUCUUGGGGUUCCGUACGGCCACGUGGAAAAACGGUUUGAUAUUUCUACCCCUCCCAAAGCUUGGACUGGAGUAAAGAACGCGACCGAUUCUGGUCCCGGGUGUUACCGAUAUGGUCUCGUCAUCCCAGGAGUUACCGGAACAGAGGAUUGUUUAACGUUGAAUAUUUACACUCCGAAAAUAAAGAAACUUAAUGGGACUAAUGACCUUCUUCCUGUCAUGGUCUGGUUGACUGGGGGCGGUUUCAUUGACGGUUCGGGAGGAUUUUAUGGCGGGAAAUAUUUUAUGGAACAGUCAAUUGUCCUUGUCACGAUAAAUUAUCGAUUAGGUGCUUUCGGAUUUUUGAACGCCGGAGUAAAAUCUGCACGUGGAAACCAAGCUUUAAAAGAUAUCGUCCUAUCAUUGAAAUGGAUACAGAAAAAUAUCGAGGCCUUUUCCGGUGACAAAAAUAGGGUCACCAUAUUUGGCGAAAGUGCUGGUGGUGCGGCCGUUUCACUUUUGACGGGGUCUCCCAUGGCGAAAGGACUAUUUCAUGGCGCCAUACUUCAAAGUGGGACGGCCACGUGUCCCUACGUCAUGCGGGCAGGUGAUGGGAUCAAAGAUGCCAAAAAACUUGCCGCCGCGGUCGAUUGUCCCUCCAGUAAUGCGGAAUAUUUGGUUGAAUGUUUGCGAAGAAUUAAACCCGAAACACUCGCCGUGAUGUCGGUUUUCGUUAAUGAGUUUGGAAUGGACUCCAGCGCGAUUCACAUGGGUCCGACCAUCGAAACCUAUCCAGGUGACGCAGAUAAUUCAUUUUUAAGUGAGCAUCCCUGGACCCUCCUGGAAAAGGGGGACUUCAACAAGGUUCCCAUUAUCAUAGGAUUUGUCGCUAAGGAAACUUAUGGGCUUGCAAAAGCAAUGGUUGCAACUAGUGCAAAACUGAAAAAACUUAAUUCGCAAUUUGGUCGCAUCGCGCCGUCCGCCCUGCUCUAUCAUGACACCGCGGAAGACCCCUCCAUCGUAACGGAACGAAUUCGACAGUACUACUUUAACGGUUCGGAACUCACUCCGAGCAGUGGAGACGAUUUGGAACGGCUAAUCUCUGACAGAUCGAUAAUACACUGUACACGAAAAGUUGCUGCCGCCUAUGCAAAUUUCACGACCGUGUACGCCUUCAACUAUACGAAAACUGAACCCCUAAGUGCGGGAACGUUGGGCUUGGCGGCUACAAAGUCGGAAGAUGAAAAUUUGUCACCAAAAUUGACCGGGGACAGACCUCCUGGACACGGGGACGAGCUUCAGUACCUCUUCGAACCGAGACCACCACUGGACACGUUUUUCCAAAAGAUUACCAAGGACAGUAAAGUUUUUGAGUUUUCCAAAAAUUUCAUCUCACUUUGGACCUCAUUCGCCCGUGAUGGGAAACCUGGAAAAUUGUGGGAUGUCAAGGAAACCGAGUGGACCCCACUAAAACCUAACAUGCGACAAGAAUACUUGCAAAUUAACGAGGACCCAGAAAUGCUCGAUGUUGAUCAAGUUUUUGAAAAUAGCUGGAAAUUUUGGGAUAGUCUUCCCCUCAAGGAGCAUGGCAAAAAAUGGGCAGUAGAAUGAUUGACACAAUUUGCAACUGCAUAAUGGUUGAGAAUGCGAAUAAUAAAUGAAACAAGUUAUUGAAAAUAGUA